AUUUUGAUGCUGUGUCAUCAUCAUGGCUAAUUAUUCAACCAUCGACAAUCUCAAACAAGCCCUCUCAAAUAUGAAAGAAGCUUUGGCUACCUAUCCUCGUACCAAUAGUAAAAUUAUAUCCCCAGCUGAUGAGUUAAUACUACAUACUGAAUCCUUCAUCCUCUCUCAUCAACACUCAAUCAGCUUGCUUAAAUCUGAAAUUAACUUGUACAAACAACAAAUCUCUGAUCUCAAAAGUAUCAACGACGAUAAAUUUCAUAAAAUUGUAGAAAAGAUUGAAUCAUCUCAAACCUCCCAAUCCUCAGUCACAUACAGUUCCGUAGCUCAAAAUUCCUCUGUUCGCAAUCCUAUCCCAAACUACAAAACUAUUCUGGUCAAACCAAAAAACAGCUUACUCUCUCCUCCUCAAGUUAAAGAGGCAAUCUGCAAUUCCAUCUCUACCUAUGAUUUAAAAUGCAAUCAAGUCUCUGUCAAUAAAUCUAACGUGGCUUUCAAAUUCUCCAACGAAUCAAGUAAAAACGAAUUCAUGAAACGUGUCUCUGAAAACCCCAAUCUUAACUCAGCAGUAGAAGCGUACGAACCAACUCCAAAAUGUCCAACUCUGCUGCUCAAAAAUAUUGACUACUCGACAAAUGAAUCCGAUAUCAUAAACACGCUUAUCACACAAAAUGGCCUCGAGGACUGUAACAAUCAUAUCAAACUGUUGUUCACGAUUAAAAAACGUUUCUACUACGACGCGGUAAUCUGUGUCUCCCCCCACAUUUAUGAAAAACUUCUUCAACAUUCUCUGUUCCUUGGUUGGUCGGCCUGUAAUGCUGAGGAGACUUUUCUUCUCGGCCACUGCAGUAAAUGUUUGAGUUUUCAACACCGAGCACGUGAUUGUCCACAUGGUAAUAAAAAAUGUAAAAAAUGUGGUAUCUCUUUCUCUACUGCACGUAUUGAUAACCAAUCAUCGGCAUUUUCGAUCCACGUUAAAAAUUGUACCACUUCAAACUGUUGUCAUUGUUCUGAUAAACAUCUCCCCUCUGAUCAUUCUGCCUUGUCCGACGCAUGCCCAUUUUAUCGUAACAAAGUUAAAGUGACAAAAGAAAUGACUUGUUAUGAUCGUCAAAAAAUUGUAAAGUUCUUGAACAAACCUUCUCCAAUCCGUUCGGAUAGCAAUGCUCAAACAACCUCCUCAUCCUCGUCUUCCACUAGAUUCUCAAUCAACAAUGUUUCAUCAAGCAGCUCGACCAACACUCCACCAUCACCAUCUGUUCCCUCCUCCCCUAUUUUAAACGUUCAUGGAACCAAUCAAAGUUUUGCAACUGAAUCUUAA